CAUGCAGGGCGCGCGCGUUCGCUUGUGUAAUUUGAGCACUAUCUCUUACGCGCGCCCCCGCAGCUAAACAGGUAGUCAGGACUCGCGCACACGCACGCAUCACGUCAAGACACAGGAAAAAACGAGAGAGAAAGAAGCGGACAGCGCAGAGAACAGGACGGACAUCAGUGCCAAGAGACACAGAAAAGAAAUACGCGACAGGCAGAUAAGCGCCGAGUGUCUAGAGAGCUAUGAGGGCGGCGGUGUUUUGCGGGGCUGUGUUGAUGCUGGCACUGGCCUCGGUUAGGGAGGCUGCGGGAGAAAACGGAAUUUCCUUUGAGUACCACCGCUAUGAGGAGAUGCGCAAAUCUUUGGUGGCCGUGUGGCUGCAGUGUCCAUCCAUCACCCGCAUCUACACUGUAGGAGAGAGCUUUGAGGGUCGCGAGCUGCUCGUGCUGGAGAUGAGCGACAAUCCCGGGAUACACGAGCCUGGUGAGCCAGAGUUUAAGUACAUUGGAAACAUGCACGGGAAUGAGGCAGUGGGCAGAGAACUGCUCAUCUAUCUGGCUCAAUAUCUCUGUAAUGAAUAUCAGGAGGGCAACGAUACCAUUAUUGACCUCGUCCACUCCACACGCAUACACAUCAUGCCCUCCAUGAAUCCCGAUGGCUUCGAGAAGGCAGCUUCACAGCCUGGUGAGAUGAAGGACUGGUUUGUGGGCCGCAGCAACGCUCAGGGGAUUGACCUGAACCGCAACUUUCCAGAUCUCGACCGGAUCGUCUACAUGAACGAGAGAGAAGGAGGAGCAAACAACCACCUCCUGAAGAACAUGAAGAAAGCUGUGGAUGAAAACACCAAGCUGGCUCCAGAAACUAAGGCUGUCAUUCACUGGAUUAUGGACAUUCCCUUUGUCCUGUCAGCCAAUCUGCAUGGGGGAGAUGUGGUGGCAAACUACCCAUAUGAUGAGACACGCAGUGGCUCUACUCAUGAAUACAGUGCCAGUCCAGAUGAUCUUGUCUUUAAGUCUUUGGCUAAGGCUUACUCCAUCUAUAACCCAGUGAUGUCUGACGCAAACCGGCCACCUUGCCGCAAGAAUGAUGAUGACUCCAGCUUCAAAGAGGGCAUCACCAACGGAGGAGCCUGGUAUAGUGUGCCUGGAGGUAUGCAGGACUUCAACUAUCUGAGCAGUAACUGUUUUGAGAUCACUUUGGAGCUCAGCUGUGACAAGUUUCCACCCGAGGACUCACUUAAGCAGUACUGGGACCAGAACCGCAACUCACUGGUCAACUACAUAGAGCAGGUUCACAGAGGAGUAUCAGGAUUCGUUCGUGAUCUGCAGGGAAACCCCAUCUCAAACGCCUCUGUUUCUGUUGAGGGAAUCGACCACGACAUCACCACAGCUAAAGAUGGUGAUUACUGGCGCUUGUUGGCUCCUGGAAACUACAAAGUGUCUGCAUCUGCUCCAGGAUACCUGACUGUGGUCAAGAAAGUGGCCGUUCCCCACAGCCCCUCCACACGGCUGGACUUUGAGUUGGAGUCUCUGGAGGAGAGGAAGGAGGAGGAGAAGGAGGAGCUCAUGGACUGGUGGAAGAUGAUGUCAGAGACGCUCAACUUCUAACUCAAAUUCAUCACAACAGUUAUGGGUGUAAAAUAUUUAUUGUUGUCGUAUGUGUGUGCUCAUCAACUUAAAAAAGCAGCAGAGUUUUUUUAGGGAUCGUUUUACGCUAGAGGCACUGCAUCCAGACUUAUUUACAUUAGACAUUUGCACAUUAAAUGUGGGUUUCCCCCACAGUCCAAAGACAUGUGCUAUAGGUGAAUUGAAUAAACUGAAUUGGCCGUAGUGUAUGUGUGUGAGUAAAUGUAUAUGGAUGUUUCCCAAUACUGGGUUGUAGCUGGAAGGGCAUCCGCUGUGUAAAACAUAUGCUGGAUAAGUAGGCGGUUCAUUCCGCUGUGGCAACCCCUAAUGAAUAAAGGGACAAAGCCUAAAAAAUCAAUAAAUGGUGUCUAUUAUUGCAGUUUGAGCAUAAACAACAGACUGCAAAUUUACGAUGCUCAAAGGGAGAUACACUAUUAAACGUGAGUAAAUCCGUUGCCCUAGAAGUGAGUACUCCCAUUGUAAUUUGGAACUGUUACGUUGACUUAAUUUUUAUAAUUCUACAUGUUGUUCAUUUACAUAAUAAUUUUAAGGCAAUGAGUUUACUCAUUUUUUUUAAGUCAAUUCAUUGCUCUAAAGCAGUCCCUGCAGGCACAGGAUGUCAACAUGACGUCAUAUUGACGUUGUACCCCAACGUCAUGGGGACAUAACGUUGCUUGGAAAUGAAAAUCAGGUUGAUGUCAGAACCCAAAAUCAGGCUGACUUCAAUGUCCAACCUAAUAUCAACGUCUAAUCAUGUUUAGCUUUGACGUUGAGUGGACGUUACCACUAUGACAUCUAUCAGACGUUGGAUUUUAGUCACUUUCCAAUACAACCUCAGAUCAACCAAAUAUCAACGUAAUUUGACGUCGUUAUUGAACGUCAAAAUAACGUUGUCCUUAGUUGCUGGCUAGACCUUGGAUUUUGGUCACCUGACGUCAUGACCUAAGUCUACAUCUUAUGAUGUUGUGCGCCUGCUGGGGUGUGCUUACUUUCUUUUUAAGUGAUCUUUUUUUACGGUGUAUUUACUUAUGCAGAAUAUAGAAGAAAAGGCAGGUAGGGACAACAGCAAGAUUCUUCCUUUAUGUAAAUUUUAGGGUUAAUGAUGUCAUAAACCCAAUAUGACAUCAUUAACCCUAAAAUUUGCAUAAAGCCUACCCUAGGUGUGGCAUUUUCUUCAAAUGUCCCCUUGGACAGCUAGUAAAUCAGAACACACUAGGCCAGCUGACCAAUCAGAGCCCAUUGUGUAUUUGUGAGGGAGAGGCUUCAAAAACUAGACAGUCAACAGGCUUCUAGAAGAGAAUAGAAACAGUAAAAUAAACAUAAAAAUAUGUGAUCUAAAAAAAAAGCUGAUUAACCAAAGGGCAUCAUGGUGGCGCAGUGGGUAGCAUAAUCGCCUCACAGCAAGAAGGUCGCUGGUUCGAGCCCUGGCUGGGUCAGUUGGCAUGUUCUCCCCGAGUAAGGUUCCUCCAGUUCUGGUUUCCCUCCAAAGACAUGCGCUAUAGGUGAAUUGAGUAAACUAAAUUCUCCGUAGUGUAUGAGUGUGAAUGUAAGAGUGUAUGGGUGUUUCCCAGUGUUGGGUUGCAGCUGGAAGGGCAUCCACUGCAUAAAACAUAUGCUGGAUAAGUUGGCGGUUGAUUCCACUGUGGUGACCCCUGAUUAAUAAAGGGACUAAGCCGAAAAGAGAAUGAAUGAAUGAUUAACCAAAUCUAUAAGCAAGUUAUACAUGUUGACAAACAGUGUGAGACUCUACAUAAUACGGUUAUCCUUGUAAAUAUAUAUGUUUUAUGCUAAAGAUAUGCAGGUCUGAUGAAGUGCCGCUAAUGUAAAGGUGGUCCUAUUGCAAGUUUUUUACACGUUGUGUAUCAUUACCACAUAUAAGAAACGCAGAUAUCUUGAAGGUUGUUUAACCAAUCCUUUUUAUUGUGUUUUCCAUUGAUAUUGUGAGGUUUGUUUUUAUUUUUUACUAUGGUUUAUUUGUAGCUAGGAUCACCAAUCUCACCAAGCAAUCAGAGAGCACUGUGUCGUGAUGAAUGUAUGUGUCAGCAAUGAAUAUGACUAUUUAUUCUGAUUAUGAGAGCACUCAUUUACACCCAAUCACACGUCUCUUUCUGUUCAAACUCUGUCCUGUGGGUUUCAAUACAGAUCUGCUUGAUGUGCUUUGAGUGCUUUUGAUAAACCCUUCAUUUGCUGAUUCUUUAAUACUUACAGCUUUGAUUAUCGCAUCCGAUGAUGAAAAAAUGGAAGAGGUUAUCAACUGAACUCCUACCUUGUGUUAUACAAACUAUAUAGGAAAUUAAAUAAUUAUAAACAUAUGAUAGAUUAUAGCUAUAAAUCAGUAUUAUCUAUGUUUGUUUAGCAGAGAGUUUCAAUUAAGAUCAUAUAAUGGCAGAUUUUAACAGCACAAAUAGAGGGUUAUUUAGAUCUGGUGGUUUUGUAAUCUAUACCAAAAUGCACAAUCGUGCGCGAUGAAGUACUAUCUGCAGUCUUUCUUCAACAUUCUCUAAUAUAUAUUGUCUUUUUUGUCUAAGUAUCUUUAUAAGUAGUGUUUUUUUUCUGUAUUAUGAAAUGGCAUGCUAAUGCUAAAUCAAUCACUGUUACGAUCAAGUCUAUAUUCACAAUUUCUCAUUGUUUCAGCAGUUUAUCCUCUGAUUUUUGGGAAAUUUCAUGCUCAUUUUAAUUAAACUAGAGGCUUAAACCUUAAAUGUUAUUGGCAUUUCAAGCCAGCUUAUAUAUUUCUCCUUUGAGACUUCAGUGGUAUGUCUUGUAUAUGAAUGUAUCGAAGGUUUAUUAAAUGGAAUGACGCAAUUCACAACCAAAAUAAACUUCCCUUUCUGUUGUCA